GGUCUGGGGCUGUGGAUCGUCUGAGGAGGUGCUGUUUUCCCAGCGGUAAACCACGCUGUCACUUCUGGCCCAAAUCCUGCUGCUCUCGAGACAAAGUCAUGACUGCCUUCAAGGACAUCUGGACUCAGGAGUUCUGGCGCUGCGUCGGUGGCGAGUUCUUCUCCAUGAUGCUCUUUGUCCUGCUCGGCCUUGGGUCAACCAUCAACUGGGGGGCUAUCACGGAGGAUCCCCGUCCCGCUGACCUGGUGCUCAUUUCACUCUGUUUCGGCCUGAGUAUCGCCACCAUGGUGCAGUGCUUCGGGCACAUCAGCGGUGCUCACAUUAACCCAGCGGUCACAGCAGCCAUGGUGGUGACCAGGAAGAUCAGUCUGUCUAAAGCUAUCUUCUACGUGCUGGCCCAGUGUUUGGGGGCCAUUGUGGGGGCUGCCAUUCUGUACGGCAUCACUCCAGCCUCGGUCAGGGGCAGCAUGGGGGUCACCACGGUCCAUUCAAGCAUCUCCGGGGGCAAUGCACUGGUUGUAGAAGUCGUCAUCACCUUUCAGCUGGUCUUCACUGUGUUUGCUACCUGCGACCACAAACGCAACGACCUGAAGGGCUCUUCUUCUUUGGCCAUUGGCUUGUCUGUGGUUAUUGGUCACCUGUUUGCUAUUCCUUACACUGGAGCCAGUAUGAACCCUGCCCGGACCUUUGGCCCAGCCAUGGUCACAUGGAGCUGGGAUCACCACUGGGUGUACUGGGUGGGUCCAACUCUGGGUGGGACUCUGGCUGCAGCACUGUAUGAAUACAUAUUCUGUCCAGACCCAGUGAUUAAGAGAAAUUACUCUGAGGCCUUCAUCCACACGCCCUUCCCUGCCACUAAACUCCGGCAGGACUCAGUCACCGCCCAGGAGCCUCUGUUCACCGUCAUGGAUGUGGAGAGAGCCGAGAGGAAAGAGCCGGAGAGAGAGGUAUCGGGGGAUGUGUUGUCUUCUGUGUGACUAAAAAGGAAACACAGCACUGAUCCACACUGUCAAGGAGACAGACUUCCUGUAGACUGGCAGAGCAAACACUAACGAAUUAAAGAACGUGUAAAGCUGCAUUUACAUGAUACAUGUUUGUCUCUGCUCACCAUGGGGUUGGGUCCAGACCCUUGCGGUAAAAACAGCCACAUACGUUUAUUUUCUAUGGUAACCACGCCUGCUAGCUUGCGCUACUACUUACAGCUAUCAUAUGAUUUGUUGCACAUUUUAAGGUCAAAGUUGAAAUAGUUUUAAGUUUGAGCACAGCGGCUAUCUACAAUUUUAUGAGGGUAGCGCUUCCGCCUAGUCUUGCGGCACUGCUCUCUCCAUAGAAACACAAUGGCAGUGCCAGUACAGACCCACUUUUUCACGUAUCAUGUGAAUGCAGCUUAACAAGAAAUGUGUUCUGAAACUGCCCUCUCGUGAUACGUGACUUUCUCGUUGCUCACUAUGAGGUUGGGUGUAGAGCCUUGCGGUGAAAACAACCAGUUAUGCUCUGUUUCUGUGGUUACCUCCUCUGCUAGCUUGCACCGCUACAUACAGCUGUUAUCUGACUGGUUGCUCUCCGAAAAGUCUGCAGUAACUACGUCAAAGUUUAAAUACGUUUACCUUGAGUGCAGUGCUCGGCGACCGCUUCGAGCAGUGUGCCAUGACAAAGAUUAGCGCGUCCUCCUAGUUAGGUAGCACGGCUCUCUCCGUAGCAACAAAACGGUAACAUCAGCACAGAGCCAUUUUACCGCGUAUUCUUUGAAUGCAGUUUAACGAAAAACAUUUUCUUAAACUGCUUUCUCAUGAUACACGAUUUAGUCUUUGCUCAUUCUGAGGUUGGGCGCAGAGCGGUAACUAGGUCAGAGUUUAAAAUAAUGAUAUACCUCACGCGCAGCGCUCAGCGACAACUUUGUGCAGUGUGCCAUGCCAAGGGUAGUGCUUCCUUAUAGACAGGCAGCAUCGCUUUUUCCAUAGCCACAAAAUAAUCCCUGAACCAUUUUACCGCGUAUCAUGUGAAUGCAGUUUAACACGAUACAUUUUCUUAAACUGCCUUAUCGUGGUAUGAUUUGCUCUCUGCUAACCAUGAGGAUGGGCGCAGAGCCUUUCGGUGAAAAUGACCACUUGUUUUUAGUUUUUGUUGUUACCUCCCUGCUAGUUUGCGCCGCUACAUACAGCCGUUAUCUGAUUGGUUGCGCGUCGAAUAGUCUCUCGGUAAAAGUUGAAAUACUUUGAACUUUGAGCGCAGGGCUUGGCUGUUUUACCACGUAUCAUGUGAAGGAAGCUUAAGAUGGGGCCAAUCUUUUGGUGCUUAUUGCCAAAAUUAAAUUGCCCAUAUAGACUGUAGGGCUACGCUGAGCUUUUUGUGAGGAAUAGGCCAGGAAAAGAAAAGAGGCGUCACUUUUCCGACCCCGCAGUUAGUUUUACAGUUUCGGUGUUAGUUGUGCUGGGAAAUACAAGUGUUGUGAUAAAGACGCUAAAUUAAGACCGUUCAAUACGAUCUUUUACUGUUAUAAUCAACAGAUGUGACAGCAAAGGUAUUUACUGUAUGUAUGAAAUGCAACGUUAGAAGAUCAGCUGAUCACUGCCGUUAUCAAAGUGAAAGUGUGCGCAACAAACAGCUACGGGUAUAUCAUUGCUAACAAUUACCUUAUGUUGGUACAAUUGAUCACACAUAGUUUUUGAACUUGUGUUUGACGUAGUGGAACAUAACUGAAUCAUCACAAUUUAUGUUUAGCAAGAAUAGUAUUGGAUAAUAAUAAAUAAAACAACAAAGCAGAACGUGGAUAUGAUUUCCAAAACAACUCAGUAUAUUAAACUGUAUAUUCUAUGCAUUUGUUAAAUAUAUUUAUAGAAUGAUUGGAAAUUAAGUAUGAGAUUGUCUAGAAAGUUUAAUGUAAUCAUAAUUACAAUUGAAGCAUCCAACUUAACUUUGUCUAGUGGAUGAAAGUUUAUUUAAAGGAGAAAUGUGUACAUUUUAUAUUUAAGAAAUACUACAUAAGAACAACAUAGGAAAUGCAUGUUUAAAAAAAAACAUUUUAACACCAUGAAGUGUAUUGCCAUUAAACCGUUUUUGUUGCUUUAAAGUUAUAAAAAACAUUAUCGUUAUAUUAUUUAUGUUUGAAAGAUACUGUAUAUUGGACAUAUAUGAAAACAGCCAUAUAUUUUAAUGAAUGUGAUGUCAAUGUAUGUAUGGACGCCGCAUGUAUAUGUGAAUUCUGCAGUUUGGAUAAUAAAUACAUGUACCUGGUCAUUUAAUAUAUGGUAACUAUCAGAGUUUCGCAUUGGAUGGUUGGUGGUUGCUUACAUGAACAUUUUUUUUUAAUCCGCAAAUGAAUAAAAUGAAUCCUGAAUCUCUUUGUGUCCAGUUGAAGUUAAUAGUAAUAAUUAAUCAAUGAGCACGAUAAUAACACAUACAAAUUGAAAGGCAAUCACUGUGUUAUUCAUCAUGCAUGAAUGAAAUGAAUAACACCCCAAAAUACAGAC